AUGUUACAGACGUCUGGAGAGUACAGUAUGAAGCUGAUCAUAAGUCCCGUUGAUGGUCUUCUUGUCGAAGGUUUCUCAGCGAUGAGUGUUCGCUGCGUGUACAGUACUCAAGACAUUACUCUCACACUUCCACCAGGACCAAACGGAAUUCCAGCCUUGCAAAUCAAUGGGCCUCAACACGACGAAGGCGUGAUCACUGGCAAUGGAGGCGCUCCAUUGCUUUCAAUGCAGAUCCUCGACGGUCACGGGAUUACCGGUACACCAUUGGCGAGGGCCAGCGUUGGACAACGGAUAACGCUCGAUCUAGCUCUGAAAAAUACUGCAAUUUACGACUUUUAUGUACAUUCAUGCUACGCUCACGACGGUACUAACACAGCGGAUGCAAGUAUCAACAUCAUUGACAAUAACGGAUGCGCUGUUCGGUUAAGCCGAGCUGUAGACGUUCCUGCGUUCACUACUGAACCAGUCAAUCAUGGUCCCAAGCAUGUCUACCUCCAUAUGUAA